GUGUUAUGUAGAAGACAGAAGCUCCAAGGUGGCCUGGUUAAACCGUUCCGGCAUAAUUUUUGCUGGAGAGGAUAAGUGGUCCCUGGACCCUCGAGUAGAGCUGGAGAAGAGAAACCCCCUGGAAUACAGCCUGCGGAUCCAGAAAGUUGAUGUCUACGAUGAGGGGUCCUAUACGUGUUCAGUGCAGACACAGCAUCACCCCAAGACUUCCCAGGUUUACUUGAUUGUGCAAGUUCCACCAAAGAUCUCCAAUAUCUCGUCGGACAUCACCGUGAAUGAGGGCAGCAACGUGACCCUGGUUUGUAUGGCAAAUGGGCGUCCUGAGCCUGUCAUCACCUGGAGGCACCUCACCCCGACAG